UGUUAAUUAAGAGACAAAGGAGAAGGGUUCUUCUGAACACACGUCGCUCUCUCCUUCCGGUCUAAUAUUCUUCUCCACAUAUCUUUUUUUUCUCGAUGGAUUCUCCCACGGCAAUUACUCCGGCCACCACCGCUUCCCUCUCUUUUCCAGUUCCUACUCUUUCGUCUUCUCUACCACAGAUUUCAAAAUCCGAAUUUUUCUACAGUGAGUGCGGCGGCCAAUCUGACGGCGGGAGUGAUCGCGAAGAUGCUGAACGGAGAAGUGAAGGGGGGAGGAGGAGAUGACGUGAUCCUGCAAGUCAUAGAGAUUAAGAUGCUUCAGCAAGCGCAGAGGAACCAAGAGCAGAGCGUUGAGAGGUACAAGGUCGCCGUAUCAGACGGGAUCCAGUCUCAAGAAGAUAUGCUGAGCGCCGCUUCUAACGUCCUCGUCAAACAAGGGAGUAUUAAAAUCGGAUCGAUCCUUAGACUCACUCGAUUCAACUGCAGCCCCGUUAGGAAUCGAAGCUUUGGAAUAUUGAUGACUGCUACAUUACAGUGGAAAGGGAUACCUACAUACAUCAUUGGUAUAGGCAGAGGAAUAAGUGCCACGGUUGGACUAGCGGCUACGGUCGUCUAUCCUCUAAUGUAAAGCCACGGUUGGACUAGCGUAUAUAUGUAUCUUAGCUUUGUCUCUUAAUCUAUCCUCUCUUGUUACUUGUUCUCAUUCUAUGGUUGUUUUCAUGUUCUUGUCUUAAUCUAUCAUUUAAUCUACAUGUGAUUGUUUCAA